AUGGUUCUCAACCAGGAAAAGCUCGCCCGACUCCAGGCCGCCAGCCGAACCGGCGGCAAGGGUACCCCUCGCCGAAAGAUGGCCCCCAAGCCCAAGGGCCCCGGCGGUGAGGACCCCAAGCUCCAGGCCGCGCUCAAGAAGCUCCAGGUGGAGCCCGUGUCUGGUAUCGAGGAGGUCAACAUGUUCAAGGAGGACGGCAACGUCCUUCACUUUGCCGCUCCCAAGGUCCACGGCCUUCCCACCAGCAACACGUUUGCCGUGUACGGCAACGGCGUCGACAAGGAGCUCACCGAGCUUGUGCCCGGUAUCCUGAACCAGCUCGGCCCUGACUCGCUCGCCUCGCUGCGCAAGCUCGCCGAGUCGUACCAGGCCAUGAACGCCCAACACGCCGCGUCGCAAGCCGCUGCGGGCGCCUCCAAAGACGACGACGACGUGCCCGAUGUCGUCGAGAACUUUGACGAGGCCGACAAGAAGGAGACCGAGGUGGACAAGCUCGACUAA